UUUGCUUCUUUUUCACCCUGUAAUCUAUCAAGAGAUUGAGAACUUCAUCAUUGAUGAAUCAUUCUUUCUUUGAGAUUUUGGACAUGUAGGUAGUUUCUUAAAUAAUGUUGUUGGUUUUUCAGCAUUUUGUUUCCUGUUAGCACAUUUAAGCAAGAGUUCUUUCUAUCUCCUUGUCAAAGUAUCAGUUGCAACUCGAAUCGAUUCUUGCUCAGUUUAUUGUUUUCCCCUGAUCAAUUGUAGGGGAAGAGACAUAUUCCAGGUGGACAUGCAAAAAUCAAAAGAAUUAUUUAGGGAGGUAUCUAUUGCAGCAGGGGCAGGCGGUUACAAGGGAUCGAAAAGUUCUACAGAAGCUCGGUUUGCUAAGCACAUAGAUAAAUCAAUUCCUCCUCCAAUUGAAUUUCACUGGCAUUUACAUCCACCUUUACAGCAGAAGAGUUGGUUUGUAUCCAUUGCUAGCUUCAAGGCAAUGUUGACUCAUCCAAUUAAGUGGCAGAAGUCGUUAAGGUUACAGAAAAGCCCAUCUAUGAAAGCAAUUCUUGAUGGAGUUCGCGAUCCUAAAGACGAACAAAUUGUGGAUUCGUUGCGUGAAAUGCUUUUACUUGAGGGUCAUUUACCUGAUAAGCACUAUGAUUAUCACACCCUUUUACGGUAUCUUAGAAUGAGAGAUUUUGAUCAAACCAAAGCCAAAGACAUGUUUUUGAAUUAUCUAAAAUGGAGAGAGGAGUUUGGUGUUGAAGCAUUAAUCAAGGAGUUUCAGUUUGAGGAGUUCAGAGAAGUUAAGGAAUGCUACCCACACGGAUUCCAUGGAGUGGAUAGAUAUGGAAGACCAGUUUAUAUUGACAGGAUUGGAAUGGUAGACAUAAAUAGACUCCUUGAAAAAACUACCAUUGACAGAUUUGUGAAGUACCAUGUUUGUGAACAAGAGAAAACUCUGAAUUGGAGGUAUCCUGCAUGUUCAUUGGCUGCAAAGAAGCACAUUGCCUCCACCACCAGUAUCCUCGAUGUAAAAAAUGUGGGAACCUCUAAUUUCUCAAAGCCAGCAAGAUAUCUUUUCCUGGAAAUUCAGAAGAUUGACAGCAACUAUUAUCCUGAGACUCUGAAUCGGCUCUUCAUCAUUAAUGCUGGUUCUGGAUUUAAGGUGCUUUGGACAGCUAUAAAGACGUUUCUUGAACCUCGAACAUUAGCGAAAAUCAAAGUACUAGGGAGUAACUACCUAAGUACUCUUGCCGAAGCUAUUGAUCCAAGUAACCUACCAACUUUCUUGGGUGGGAACUGCACAUGUUCAGAUUCAGGUGGCUGCCUGUUGAGUGAUAAAGGACCCUGGAAUGAUCCUGAGAUAACGAAGAUGUUUCAGGACGAUGUGCGAUUGAAAGAUGCAUCUGAAACAAGACUUGGUGAUCAUCUUUCACCUAAGAAGAUCCAGGCAUUUGAAGAACUGCUAAGAGAAGCGAAAAGAAAAAUAAGGACAUUGGAAGUAGCCCUUGAGGAUACAAAAUCGGUGCUACAAGGACUUACUCAACACAUGGAAGAGCUGAAAAGAUAGAGUAGCAUGCAAGAUCCUCGUUGGCAUGGAGCUUACCCUGCUUCCAUCUCUUGACUUCUUUUUUCCUCAUUUUGCAAUUCGAAGUUUCUCGAAGUUGUUAAGUCUUUGAAAUUUGGAUGUGUGAAGCAAAUUUGGGACAGAGGGAGCACAACUGUAUGACGUUUGGAACAAACUUUGGACAAUAGUCAAUAUCUAAACUCAUAAAGUUAGGUUUGGAAUUGUAAAGAAGACUAAAAUGUCCAAAUGGUCCCUUACAUUUGGGCCUACUUGAAUUUAUGUCCCUAAUUAUACAUUUCAAUAUCGUAGUCC